AUGGAUAGCCAUAGCAUAGGAAGAAAAUGGAGAGAUCUUAGUGGGAGAAAUAAUUGGCAAGGUCUGCUAGACCCUCUGGACAUUGACCUUCGCCAUUACAUCUUACACUAUGGACAACUUGCUCAAGCUACAUAUGAUGCUUUCAACUCAGAAAAGUUAUCUGAGUACGCUGGAAACUGUCGAUAUUCCAAGAGGGAUUUCUUUUCCAAAGUUGGUUUGGAACAUGGGAAUCCUUUCAAGUAUGAUGUGACUGAGUUCCUAUAUGCAACUUCCAAAGCCAGUGGUUCGACAGAGUUUGUCUUAAACUGUUUGUCGAUGGAUGAAUGGAUCGUGGAAUCAAAUUGGAUAGGGUAUGUUGCUGUUGCCACUGAUAAAGGCAAAGCAGCACUAGGAAGGAGGGAUAUCGUGGUUGCUUUGAGGGGAACAGUUCAGGCUUCCGAAUGGGUUCAAAAUUUACAAUUCCCUUCGGACCCUGCCACACUCAUAUUCCCUGAUGCUCAUCGUGCUGAAGUACACGGUGGUUUUUACUCCCUUUACACCUCAAACAACCCAGGUUCGCGUAGAACUAAGACCAGUGUUCGAGAUCAGGUCCUGAAGGAGGUUAGAAGACUUGUGGAGAAAUACAAGAAUGAAGAAAUUAGCAUAAGUGUGACAGGGCACAGCUUAGGUGCUGCACUAGCAACUUUAACUGCUGUGGACAUAAUAGGCCAAGGAUUGAACAAACGGAAAGAGCAACCACAAAGAGUAUGUCCCGUGACAGCAUUUCUGUUCGCGACUCCUCGUGUUGGAAACUCUCUCUUCGGGAAGAUCUUCAGCAAGUACAAGCAUCUGCGAGCACUGCGCAUUCGUAAUAAGAAGGAUCAAGUUCCUAAACUUCCCAUUGGCCUCACUGUUGUGGGUGAAGAACUCGUGAUCGACACUAGAAAAUCCAAGUUCUUGAAGAAUGGGGUGAGUGCGCAUAACUUGGAGGCUUAUUUGCAUGGAGUUGCUGGAACGCAAGGGAAAAAGGGAGGGUUCAAUUUGGAGGUGAAUCGUGACAUUGCACUCUUGAACAAGAACUUGGAUGCAUUGAAAAAUGAAUAUCGUGUUCCUGUUGAAUGGAGGGUGCACGAGAACAAGGGUAUGGUUCAGCAAUCAGAUGGUACUUGGAAGCUUAUAGAUCACAACGAGGAUGUUAGUCCAUCGUUACGUGCUAGAUUAUAG